AUGGAACCUGAUCAGUGGAACUACGUCCGGAAGGAAGCCGCCGAGGAGCUUUUUGCUGGGCGUCGUCAACGUCUUCUCAUGGAUCUCGUACUCAAAAGUAAGGACCCUGCCUUUAUAACCGAACUAGCCAACGCAUGGAAUUAUGCCGAAUAUAGAUAUUGGUAUUCAAUACUUCCACUGGUACCACCAAUGACGUUCAUGCUUGUCUUUGGUCUUGCCCAGAUGAUACUCUUCUGUUGGGAGUUGGGUGACUACAAAGCCAUUGAAGUCGACACAUCCAUUGUUUUUGGACGGAUUAUCCCACUAAUACUACUUGCACUGCCUUUUCUUGCUGCAGCCGAGAUAUAUCAAGAAUCCAGAUCGGCCUCCCCACCGAGCACGAAGUCGUUCACGUCUAAUACCGUAAUGAUCAGCGAACCAAGUUCAGCCGUAUCACCAAUGCGAGUCGAUCGAAUGCCGACCCUCCGAGUGACCUCAUCCGCUGAUGUUAACGAUCCUCGCAACGUCAAAAGAUACUUUUAUCGGGAAGUGGAAGAAGUGAAAAUGCAGCACACAAACACCAAGACGGAUCAAGAAAUGAGAGUCAUCCUCAUUCGCAAAGAGCAGCUACUAAAAGACAUCAAAACCUGUCUUGAGGCUGAAAACAAAAUGAAGGGCAAAGGAGUUCCUCUAAAAAUCGCCUCGCUUCUCUACAAGCGGGUGACUUUUCUUGCCGCGGCAGCUAUUCUUCUUAAUCUGCCACAUAGGCUUUUCAUUGAUGGUAUCAUUGGAGGAGCGCUGCUACUCAUGCAGCUCGGCUCGCAAUUAUACGUUUGGAUCUCUACAUUGUGGGGGACGGAAGUCAAGGGUUAUGUUCGGUUGUUGGCAAAGUUCGACGAGAACAAGCAGGGAAGGCUGCGUGCUCAGUUGCAUUAG